UACUAGAUACAUGUCUCUUGCUCUCCAACUGUUCGCUAAAAUGCCUCAAUCAAAAUAUUAUAAAAAUUGCUAGUAAUCACAAGGCGAAUUUAUUUGGGACACUUUUGUUAUUAGUCUCGAACUUGCUAGCUACUAACAAAUAUUUGUAACAUUGAUGUAUAAUGUGCUUGUUCGAUUUAAUUUGACACUUCUGAUCUUGUCUUAAAACUACGUACUAAGGCCCUGCAUGUUGAUUGUCACUUCGUCUUGACAAAUUCUUGCUCUGCCACUGGUUGCUUGCAGGUAAGAUUCUUAAUCAUGGAAAGUCUUGGUGGAAAGAUGAAGAUAGUAUGGGAACGUGAACCAGCGUCAGACGUCUGGCAAUGGUGGUCCGCUUGCAUAUUAUAUUGGGGAGGUAAUUGGAGUCAUCUAUUAUGAUUAAGGACCGAUGUCCUGGAUUCCUAUUGACAUAGUAUGCAAAUGGCGGGGGCACUACAAGAGAUUAGGGUGGCCUAGAUGAGACUACAAAUGAUAAGGAACUGAUUAGCUUGACACCUUGAUUAACAGGCUGGUAUAUUUCGACAUGGUGAGGGAACAUCGAAAAACAACACCGAUGUUGAGGAAAGAGAUGCAGCUCAUGGUGUUGGUAUAGGAAACAGCAUUAGAAGAGAGGACGUAACUGAAAUUAGCAGUGAGAAUUCCGCACUGGUGCGGUCUUAUGAUGAUAUUGAAUUCGCAGAUGAUCAGCAAGACGAUGAUGUUGAAGACGAUAAGAACAAGAAGAGAAAGAAAUAUCACAGGCACACUCUCGAUCAAAUCCGAGAAAUGGAAGCAUUAUUUAAAGAAUCACCACAUCCAGAUGACAAGCAGCGAGAGGAGCUGGGCAAGAAAUUAGGUCUCCAUCCCAGCCAAGUCAAGUUCUGGUUUCAAAAUCGUCGUACCCAGAUUAAGACUACUCAAGAGCGCCGAGGAAAUUUGUUUUUGAGAAGAGAAAUGAUUAGGUUUCGUGAUGAAAACAAGGCUUUGAGCGAUAUUAUUACGAAAAGUGCUUGUUCCAAUUGUGGUGCCCCUGCUUCUGCUAAGCACACUGUUAUACCAUCCGAAUUUCAACAGCUAUGGAUUGAGAAUGCGCGACUGAAAUCCGAGAACAAAAGGCUUCUAGAAGUUAUCGGAAAGCAUGCAUCAUCAGAAUCACCUCCAGCUAGAUCAACUUGUUCACCUCGAAAUGAUCAAGCUGUCAAUAUGAGAUGUUCUUUAGAUGCAUUCAGCAACGUUUAUGGGCUAGCAAAGUCUCAAAUUGUCGGGAUUGUUAACAAAUCAAUUGAGGAGUUGAUAAAAAUGGCUACUGAAGGGGAACCACUUUGGAUCAAAAGCUUUGAGACUGGUCGUGAGGUACUGAAUUAUGAGGAGUACCUAAAGGAUUGUUCUGUCGAAAACUUUGCAAGAAAAUGGCCAAAUGGAUCAUCUAUUGAGGCUUCAAGGGACAGUGGAGUUGUCUUAUUAGAUCUUCCUACAUUAGUUCAAUAUUUCAUGGAUGCGAAACAAUGGCAAGAAAUGUUUCCAUGCAUGAUCUCAAAGGCCGCUACUGUUGAUGUUAUUAACAGUGGAGAGGGAGUUGGUAAGAAUGGGGCCAUUCAACUGAUGUUUGCAGAGCUUCAGAUGCCAACGCCACUGGUGACAACGCGGCGAGUUUAUUUUUUCCGACAUUGCAAGCAAGUAACCGCUGAUAAAUGGGCAAUUGUUGACGUCUCUAUUGACAAACUUGAAAGUAAUAUUGAUGAAAGAUGUUAUAAGCGUCCAUCUGGUUGCAUCAUUGAAGAUACAUUAAAUGGGCAUAUCAAGGUGAUCUGGGUAGAACAUAUGGAGUGCCAUAAAAGCCUAGUACCUAGCUUGUAUCGCAGAAUUGUUAAUAGUGGUUUAGCAUUUGGUGCUGGCCGUUGGUUGAAAAUGUUGCAGCUCCAAUGUGAACGUCUUGUGUCUUUCACGGCAACAAAUGUCCACACAAACAAUUCAUAUGGUGUUUUCACAUUGGCGGGUAGGAAAAGCAUUUUAGAAUUGGCACAAAGAAUGACAACGAGUUUCUAUCGAGCCCUUGGAGCAUCAAACUAUCAUACAUGGAACACGGCUACAAGUAAAACUGGAGAAGACAUAAGGAUAGCAUGGAGGAAGAAUCUGAGCGACCCUAAAGAACCUCUUGGUGUCGUGUUGUGUGCUGUUUUAUCGGUCUGGUUGCCCGUAUCUCGCCAGAAUCUAUUCAAUUUUUUGAGAGAUGAAACUCGAAGGAAUGAGUGGCAGACUAUUGUGAACAAAGGACCAGUGCGGAACAUAGCAAACCUGGUAAAAGGACAGGACCAGCGAAAUGCAGUUACUAUUCAGGCCAUGAAACAAAAUAGAAAAAGUGUGCGGAUACUCCAAGACUGCUGCACGAACGCCUUCGAGUCAACUGUAGUUUAUGCACCAGUGGACAUCAGUAGCAUGCAAUCUGCAAUGCAAGGCUGUGAUACAAGUGACAUUGCUAUCUUACCUUCUGGUUUCUCAAUUAUUCCAGAUGGAGUUGAAUCAGGACCUCUCUUACUUUCAUCUGGCACAGAGGGCGGAUCUUUGCUUACAAUCGCGUUUCAAAUCCUUACAAGCAACUCUCCAACAGAAAAUCUCAGCAUGGAAUCUUUCAAGCCUGUGAACAAACUGGUAUCAUGCACAUUGCAAAACAUCAAGACAGCGUUGCGGUGUUAAGUUGAAUGAUGGCUUCUAUUUAACUUUUAAAGAUUAAAAUGCAGGAUAUCUAAGUACUGUAGGGUUAAAUUUUGCAUUCAGUAACUAUUUUCUAAUUGACUACCGCUAUGUUUGGCAACUCAAUUCAAAAUAUUUGAAUUGUGCUUGAAAACUAGGCGAGAUUUGGCGCUCAACAGCUCAAGAUCGUGUAUGUCUUGGAUUGAGCCGUCACACAUAGCUGAAAUUGAAUUUGUUAAUUUGUCUUUGUGGACCUAUUCAAGAACUUCUAGUGUAAGCGAUUACCAGUCACUCUAAGACUCGAUGAUGUGCAACUUCUUCUGUUAUUUUGCA